AUGGCGGACUCUUCACAGGCUUCGUCUUCGACGUCUGCCUUCGUAACGGCGCUUAUCAUCAACGGGAUCAUUGCGCUGGUGAUGGUAUUUCUUUUCUUGCGGCUCAGACCGCGGAAUGAGCGCGUUUACCAACCCCGGUCUAUCAAGGAUAUCCUGACGAUACGAGAAGAAGAGCGGACCGAGCCGGUUCCCUCCGGAAACUUCCAGUGGGUUCAGUUUUUGUUGAGCAGACCCCAUUCAUACAUUAUCCAGCACACAGGGUUAGACGGGUAUCUGUUUCUGCGGUACAUCGCAGUGUUUGGAUCGCUGUCGUUACUGGGCUGUGUGAUUAUCUUGCCAAUUUUGCUGCCUGUGAAUGCCACAAACGGUAACAACUAUUCGGGGUUCGAGUUGCUGGCGUUUGCAAACGUCACAAACAAAAAUCGCUUUUAUGCGCACGUCUUUUUGUCGUGGAUCUUUUUCGGUCUGGUCAUCUAUACGAUUUACCGCGAGCUGUACUACUACGUUUCGCUGAGACACGCUGUGCAGACCAGUCCGCUGUACGACGGGCUCAUCUCCUCCAGAACCGUGAUGCUAACGGAUCUUUCCUCGAGUCUUCGCAAUGAAUCUGAGAUCCAACGCCGGUUCCAGAACUGCACCAGGGUAGUCUUCGCACACGACAAUACAAAGUUGCAGAAGCUGGUCCAGGAGCGCACAAAGCUGGCUUCCAAAUACGAAGGGGCCAUGAACAAAGUAAUCAGAAAGUCUUUGAAAAUUAGACGAAAGGCCGAAAAGAAGGGCAAGCUCGAGGAGCUCUUAGGAAGCAAGCCCGAAGACGAUCUGCAAACCUACAUUCCACAAAAUAAGAGACCCACUCACCGCCUGGGUAAGGUGCCCCUUCCCAUCAUUGGUGGUAAGAAGGUCGACACUUUGGAGUACUGCAGCAAGCGCAUCGGCGAGUUAAACGAUGAGAUCAAAGACGAACAGUCGUCGUGGGACACCCGCGACAAAGUUGGCGCGUGUUUCAUGGAGUUCAAAGGUCAACUCGAUGCCCAAAGAGCAUUCCAAUCCGUGCAAUACAUUUUGGACAAAGGUUCUUACGACAAGUGUUUGGUGGGGGUUUCUCCGGAAGACAUUAACUGGAGUGCCCUCGGUAUGUCGAAGUCACUAAGAAAAUCCAAGCGUGGCGUCGCUAACACCGUGCUUACUUUGAUGAUCAUUUUCUGGGCAAUCCCUGUUGCUCUCGUUGGGUUCAUAUCCAACAUUAAUUUCUUGAUCAGUGAGCUGCACUUUUUAAAGUUCAUCAACAACUUACCAGAUGUCCUUUUGGGACUGAUCACUGCAAUGUUGCCCACUGUCGCCCUAGCAAUUUUGAUGUCAUUGGUGCCAGUCUUUAUCAAAAAACUGGGCAAACUCAGUGGUUGCAGCAGUGUACAGGAACAAGAAUUGUAUUGCCAGGCUUGGUAUUACGCCUUUAUGGUUGUUCAGGUUUUUAUAGUGGUGACUUUGGCAUCAUCUGCUUCCUCCACAGUAUCCGCUAUUAUCGAAGACCCGUCUUCUGCGAUGACACUGCUGUCUCAAAAUCUACCAAAGGCAUCCAACUUCUACAUUGCCUAUUUCUUACUAAUUGGUUUAACGUUCUCCAGCGGUGCACUUUUGCAAGUUGUGGCUUUGAUUCUCAGUAAAAUUUUGGGACGUAUUCUCGACUCAACACCUAGGCAGAAAUGGAAUCGUUAUAACACCCUGGGGAAACCAAGUUGGGGUGUUAUGUUUCCUAGCAUCGAAUUUAUGGUCUGUAUCCUAAUUUGUUACUCCAUCAUCGCGCCCAUCUUACUGAUCUUCGCGACCUUCUCUUUGGGCUUGUUUUACCUCGCUCACACCUACAACCUGAACUAUGUUCUAGGGUUCUCAUUCGAUAUGAAGGGAAGAAGCUACUCCAGGGCUCUGUUCCAAGCAUUUCUCGGCCUGUAUUUGUCUGAAAUAUGUUUACUUGGACUCUUCAUCAUGGCCAAAACUUGGGGUCCGUUGGUUAUCGAAGCCGUAUUCAUCGUGUUCACCGUGCUUUGUCACUUAUAUUUCCAAAGAAGGUUCAUUCCACUGUUUGAAGCCGUUCCUUUAAGUGCAAUUACAUACGCAAGAGGUGAAAGUACCCAUUUCUACGCUGCAAAAGACCAAGGUUUGAGUGAGAUCAAGGGCACCGGCAAAAAACUCAAACAGGAACUCGAUGAGAGUGAAACCGGUGGUGCUAUUCAGCCAGCAACUUCAGCGGAUUUGAAAAAAGCUGGUAUUCUUUCUGACGAAGACGGCUACGCUGAAAAGGAAUCGUACAGCGAACAGAAGCGCCAAUCUUCCAGCAUCAGCAAAGCAAACACUAAUCAAGAUGAGCCCAACUUCGUCCCUGAGAAUGAAGAAUUCCACAAAUAUAAUUAUAAGGACGUCGAGGGUCUGGACACUAGCAACAACGCCCACCAAUCCGUCGAUGCCAAUGGCGCCGUUGUUACCAAUGCUGACGCAGGAAAUGUCUUUUCUGACGCCCAAGCGGUGACCAAAGAUCCGGCUGCCUUCCCACCAAACAAAAAACUCCCCUCGAGCCUGAAAGAAAGACUUGAGAAUUUUUUCAUGCCGCACAAAUGCUACGAGUUUGCUGAAGUGCGUAGAAGUCUUCCAUAUGUGUUAAACACUUGCGUGAAAUAUGACCAGGACUUUUUGGAGACUGCCUAUGCAGACCCCAGCGUAUCCGAUCCUGCGCCCAAACUCUGGUUGGCUCGUGAUCCAUUGGGAUUGUCGACUCAACAAAUUUCUCUAGCCAGAACCCACGGCGUAGAUGUGAGUGACGAGUUCACCGGUUACGAUGAAAAGAGCAGAGCGACUUUCUCCUUCCACCCUCCAGACUUUGAGCCAGUCGCGAAACGCUAA